AUGCCUGUUACAAGGAUUCGAAAGAGUUAUCGAAAGCUUACAGUAGAGCACAAACAUGGUCCAGAGACAGACAAGAAGAAGAAGAGGAAGAAGAAGAAGAAGAAGAAGAAGAAGAAGAAGAAGAAGAAAAGGAAUAAGAUGUGCUUCGGGGAUUCAACGGGUUGGUUGUGGCGUGGACAUAUUUGGUCGACUUCUCAUUCGGUGAUACGACGAUUAACCAACCGACCGAUCGACAAAGAAGAAGAUGAAGAAAAAGAUGAUAUGUCAACAGUUAUUCACUUCCCACGCAACAGAGAUAGACCUUUAAUAUUCAUCGAGCAAAAUCCCCGCUCCGGAGAAGAAAUACUGCAACUGACCCUGCGGCACAUACCUACCGCAAGUUCGGAAGAAGAGACGAGAGGAUUCGGAGACCGGAAGCGCAACUGCGAGUCUGAAGCAGUGAAAGACGAAGGGCUCGCCACAUCAUGCACCACGUCGCCACUAAUUGAACCUGCAUUAACACCAAGAACAAACUGCUGGAAUCUGUUGAAAUCUAACUAGUCUGUUUGCUAUGAAGAAUUUCCUUCACUUGUUUUGGGGAUCUACCGCCUACAAAUAAACAAUAAAAAAAUAUGUAAAAAAUAAUUAAACAGUGGUUGAUAUGAAAUGUGGACAUAUGUAUUUGAAGUGAUCUAAAUUAAACGUGAUUAUAACCGUGGACUUUUGUUACCAAGUGAAGAACUGAAUAUGUCUGGUGUAACAUGUUUGCAAAAUUACUGAGUUGAGUUGUAAUUAAAUUAAAAAUUAUACCAAUCAAAUAUGAAAAAUUAGAACUUUUAUG